AUGGAUCAUUUCCCCGGCACCUGGGGUCGUCCCAGAGAUGAUGUCUACGGAGCUUACGACCAUUCCUAUCUCCAAACGACCGGCCCUAAAGCCCACACACAGUCUCCUGCGGUAACUGGAACAUCAGUUGUGGCUGUCAAGUUCAGCGGAGGAGUGGUGAUGGCCACGGACAACCUAGCGUCAUACGGAUCUCUUGCCAGAUUCACCGAUGUCAAGCGUAUUCGUGUUUUUGAUGAUUCGGCCAUCGUUGGUUUCGGCGGCGACGUGUCAGACAUGCAGCACAUCGACCGUCUGCUUGGCUCCAUCCAGACCAGAGAAAACUAUUCGGCGACUGGGAACACGUUGAAUGCGAAGAACCUUCACACCUACCUAUCCAAAGUCUUUUACAAGCGCCGAUCCGACAUGAACCCACUGUGGAAUCACAUUCUUGUGGCAGGUUUUGACGGCGAGGGUAAACCAUUCCUAAGUUCUGCAGACCUCCUAGGAACUACUUACACCGCGCCGCAUCUUGCCACGGGCUUUGGUGCCCACUUGGCUGUCCCGAUCCUUCGUCGUCGGUUCCCCGAAGAGACACCUAUCGAGAACAUUUCCAAGGAGGAUGCCAUUGCAGCUUUGAAGGAUUGCAUGAAAGUCUUGUAUUACCGAGAUGCGCGAAGCUUGGAUCAGUACUCGCUUGCCAUCAUUACCCAGGACGGUAUUGAAUUGAAGGAACAAGAAAAGCUCGAGGCCCAAAGCUGGGCGUUUGCCGAGAAUAUUCGUGGAUAUGGAACCCAGGUCAACUAG